AUGGUUCGACCAACCAGAAAGCCAACAUAUAUUCCCUGGAAAUCAUCGACAAGACAUUUUCGAGAUGUGUCAUAUUUUCGCAAAGAUAUUGCCAAAAUUCCACCCAAAGAAAGAACUAAUGAAUCGUGGAUGAUCGCAUUGUGCAAACGAUGGAAUUACACUGCUCCCAUUGAAAAAAAGUGGGAAAACGACACUCUCAAAACUGGAUUGUUUGCAGUGGGAGAUAUCAAAAAAGGAGAGGUUAUUGGAUUGUAUGAUGGAUUGAUUUGUGACAAACACUCACCCGAAAAAUUCAAACAACCAACAGAUUACAGUAUUCAAUUGAGCAGCAGGGAAUGGUUAUGGGCGCAUACACCAACUCAGUUUGUUUAUUUUAUAAACCACUGUCCUGAGCACGCAAAUUGUCGAUUGAUGAGGGAAAAUGGCUGUUUUGUCAUUGUUGUGGCGACACAAGACAUUCCGGCUGAAACAUAUCUACACUUUAUUUACUCAUAUCAAUCAAAUUACGGUUGUGCUUGCGGUAAGGUUUUUAACUGUUUUUUUUGAGCAAUUAUUGAAAUAGUCAAUUUUUUUAAAUCCCCAACAACUCGAUAGAGAUGAAUUUAUCGGUCCAGUGGAUCGAAUUAUUUAUUUAAUCAAAAAUGGCCUUUACGAUCCGAAACCCCUCUCCCAACUUAUGCCUCGUCGAAUUAAGAAAACAGCAGAAGAACUCGCUGAAUUGACAUCGGAUGAGGAAAUAGAUGAUGAUGAGCCAACUCUUGAAAAUGGACGAGAAUCAAAUAAUAUUCGAUAA